UAUGUCACAUUUUUGGUGACAAAAGAGUGUGUGUAUAUAUAUAUAAAAAACAGACCCACGGUACAAGUAAAACCACCCCAAAGUGCAGCCAGGCCACCACUCCGUACUUUCCCUAUAACCUCCAAAACUUUUCCCUACACGAACAGCUCGGCCCUUUCCAAAAGGAAAUGACUUGCGCCCUUACGUCAGGGGCCGGACUGGUUGUGUGUGUGUAAAAAAAAAAAGAUGAAGUUGCCUUGCCGGAGCCAGAGCCAGAGCCAGCCCGGAGCGCGGAGCGAGAGGAUGAGGGAUCGGAGAGGCGGAGCGCGCACACGGAGACCCGCAGCUCAGCACGGCCAAGGGCUGGGGGACGCGCACAGCGGCUAGCUCGCCGGCUCCGUUCACCUUUCCCACCGCCGCCCCAGGGGAAUGACUGUGUCCCAAGACUGAGAAGCAGACCAAACCGCGCGCUUAUGGGCGCGUUCGUCGCUGACCCGAGAGGAUGACGCUGAACACGCAGAGAGACAGCAAGGAGACCCUGAGGCGGAGGGCGAGCACGCCGAUCCCGUCCGCGCACCAGUCGGGUGCAAAAGACGGGGAGCCCGCGGCGGACCCCCACCAUCCCGCCCUCGGCCACUCUGCCUCCUACCACCCCGGGGACAAGACCCUCCACUCCCGGGCCAGCUGGUCCACCGACUCGGAGGACUCCGACAGCUCCGGGGCAGAGUGCCUGUACCGCGUCGUGCUGCUCGGGGACCACGGGGUGGGCAAGUCGAGCCUGGCCACCAUCUUCGCGGGGAUCCAGGAGAAAGAUCUGAGCGACCAGGAGAAAGGAGAGGACACCUACGAGCGGACCCUGACUGUCGACGGGGAGGAGACCACUCUGAUCGUGAUGGACACGUGGGAGGCCGAGAAGCAGGAGGAGGACGAGAGGUGGGUGCAGGACUACUGCAUGCAGGUGGGCAACGCCUACGUCAUCGUGUACUCCAUCACGGAUCGCGCCAGCUUCGAGAGCGCCUCCGAGCUGCGCAUCCAGCUGCGGCGCCUCCGGCAGGCCGAGGACAUCCCCAUCAUCCUGGUGGGGAACAAGAGCGACCUGGUGCGCUGCCGUGAGGUGGCCGUGGAGGAGGGCCGGGCCUGCGCCGUGGUCUUCGACUGCAAGUUCAUCGAGACCUCGGCCUCGCUGCACCACAACGUGCAGGAGCUCUUCGAGGGGAUCGUGCGGCAGAUCCGCCUGCGCCGCGACAGCAAGGAGACCAACGAGCGGCGGCGCUCGGUCUACAGGCGCAAGGAGAGCGUGACCAGGAAGGCGCGCCGCUUCCUGGACCGGCUGGUGGCCAAGAACAACAAGAAGAUGGCCCUGAAGAGUUCCAGCUCUCCAGAUGACUUACAGAGAGAAGAAACUGCUCCCUGGCGUUCGUGUUCUUCUGCUGGAAACAAUGACAUCACCAAACAGAAAGCAAGUUCCUGUAUCAAACUUUUUCUGCUGCUCCACUCAGCCCUCGUCUUUCCUGAUAGUGGUGAACCCCUGCGCCACUUGAUCAAUGGGAAAGUGCUUCAGGUGUUUUCGUCGGACUGGGUACUGAAGCGUGCAGUGCUGAGACAGUAGUCCUGCAGUCUUUACUGAUACAAAGAGCUGUUCAGAGCCAGUGUGAAGGAAAAUCUCCUUUGAAAGGGAAGUGUAUUACAAUACAUGUAUGGAAGGGAUCUCAGUUUGGAUUGAUUUGGAAAACAAAAUUCCAGUAAACUAUAUGGUGUGUAUAUUUGCUGUGCAAAGUAACCACUUCUUAAAACCACUUCCCUUCUUAUUAAGAGUGAUCACUUACAUAGAUUACCAGUGUUACAUUUAUGUGUCUAAUGUUUUCAUCCAAAGUGACUGAUUUUUAUUACAGCUGGGUAUUUUACUGCAACAGUCUGAGUGAAGUACCUUGCUCAAGGGAACAACAGCACUGCCUCACCUGGGAUUCAAACCCAGAACCUUCCGGUUACAAGUCCAGGGUCCGGGUGUUCGUCCACUAAUACUCAACUGCCUUCCCUGACCUCGAGUCAGAUUCAGUUUCAGUUUCAGACCCGUCUCUCCUGAGGUGCUUGUUCAAGGCGACUGCAACGUGCUCGGCCCUUCCGAACGCGCUGGGGUUUGCGUGACGUGGCUGCGCUGUCUGGUUCCCAACAGAGAAACAUGUCUCACUUGGGCUUGGUUGCAUUUGCAACCCAGGAAGAACAGGCUGUAGUCUAGAGGGGGAGCUCAUGGCAGGCAGUGUGAGUGCCAGGCCUCUGCAGCAGUGGCAAUGGGUAGAGAGCAGCUGGCUCAAGAGCCCUGCUCGUGGCCCGUCUGUGGACGCCCGUGUCUUCCUCUCUGUUCCAGCGGAUCCACCUGGCCCUUCACCCGCUGGCUUCACUGGCAGCCCCACAAACGGUCGCUUUUCCUUUCGAGUUUUCCUGUUUGUUUAGUGCUGUUGUUGCUUCUUCCAGAGACCCCAUUCACCCCCCCAUCCUGUGUUCAGCCUGUGCGGAGAGGUUGUGAGUUCUGUUGGUCUUAAAUGACCGCAGCAGCAAGGCCUCUCCCUGAACAUUGCGUAUGAGGAGACGCUUGAAAAGACUGGGGGUAGGUGUGCCUGAAAAGUCCUCCUAGCCUCUGGGCUUGUGGAAUAGGAGCAGUAACAUUUUUGUACAAAUGGAAAGUUAAUCUGUGGCUCCAUGCAAUUUUGUAAAUAAAGUUUAGUUUUUUUAUUAUUAUAAAAUAAAAUAUAUAUUAAAUAUA